UUAUUUCUAGUAGAAAUGCGUCGUGAAUUCAUAUUAGUGUUAUUAGGAAUUAUAUGUAUAUCAACUAUAUCCUCACUUUUAUCAGGAUAUGUGCAAACAGAGUCUGAUAAAGUGUUGUUAGAUACGGUAGUAGGUACGGUGGGUGCGGGCAAUUUUUCAUAUUGGCAGUUGGGGCACAUUGGGCCGAUGUUGGUGGAACUAACGUCUCUGUCGGGCGAUGCGGACCUUUAUGUUGCUGACACAAUCAGGCCAAGCUAUGAGGUAGAUCGCAACAACUUCAGCUCGGUGACCUGCGGGCCUGAUCUCGUCAACAUCCCCGCUGACUUCCCGCGCCCUGUGGGUAUCGGCGUGUUCGGGCACUGGUCGCACGCGCAGUCCGACUAUAGCAUCCAAGUGUUCCUGACUGCUCCGGCGCCUCGUACGCACGCUUUCCUGGAAGACUCGAGACCUCACGAGAGGACAGAAGUGGAAAAGCGCCGCGAGAAACGGAAAGGCGAAGAAGAAGGCAAGCCGCGUUUCCUGAAGCUCCUGAGCAUCCUUGACAUGAUUUUUGACAUGUUUGUGUUGUAGGAAUUAGAUCGGCUGUUGACAAUGACAAUACGGGCUAUACACACUUGUCGAGGCACCCCGGAGGUCGCGGGUUCAAACCUCGGCUCGUACCAAUGAGUUUUUCGGAACUUAUGUACGAAAUAUCAUUUGAUAUUUACCAGUCGCUUUUCGGUGAAGGAUAACAUCGUGAGGAAGCCGGAUUAAUCGCAAUAAGGCCUAGUUUACCCUCUGGGUUGAAAGGUCAGAUUGCAGUCGCUUUCGUAAAAACUAGUGCCUACGCCAAUGCUUGGGAUUAGUUAGUAGUUAGUUAGUAGAAAAUACCGGGACAACGCGAGGAAGAUAAGGCACCUGAAGACAGGCCGAGAACAAGUGGAUCGGAGUGUUAUAGAGACUCUUUGAAAGGCUCGGGAACCGGUUAAAUUUCCAAAUCGUUAUCAUGUACUUGGCGCAAAACCUUUUAAUUUCAGUUUCGUUCGAAAAACCGUUAUUUUUAAACCGGUUUUUAUGAGAACAGUUCUUGUGUAAUUAACCGGUGUGGAACAAUAAAAACCGGUUUCUUCCUAUGUCGGUGUCUAUGUUUACAUGGGACACCACCAGACCGGCCGGCCGAUCGUCGCUCGUCGAAUAAACCGGUUUUUUUAGGUUACAAUAAAGUUCUUAAAACGUUCGCGAUCUUAUAGAAGUUCCAAGGAAAACCGAAAUAAACCGGUAUUUUAUAAACCGGUUCGAGCCUUGCUCUUGUCGAGGUUUUCGACGAGUGUGUACAGCCGGCAUAACGAUAAUUAGAAUCCAACAUGGCAAAAACGAAACCAUCAUCAUUGUGCGUGCUCCGACACGCACUCGGCCGGUUUUUACCUCUUAUCUAUUUUACAAGCAAUUUACUUGCCCCGUUAGUAUGUACCUUUAUUUUUUUGUAUUUUUUUUGGUUUGGCUUGGAAGCUAAAUUAUAAUCACUUCCUAAUAUACAAAACAGUGUGUAUUUUUGAUGAAACCGCAAAUGUAAACCGGGCCAGUGGGUUGCUUCGAGCAAUUAUUAGAGUUGGCACAACUUGACGUCUCUAUACGUGCACGACUACGAAGAUAAUGACUCCUAUUUUGACAACCCUAAAUGGCCGAAAGGGAUAGUGCCAUACAUUGGAUAGGGACAGCAUGAUUCGUCCCUGAAUCGCUGUCAAACUUCGGUUUUGAAGGAAGCGUCAUUUCUGUACGGUAGUAAGUACUAUAUUUAUUUUGUGACUAGCUGUUACUAGACGUAGGUUUUAGUGCUAUAAAACGAUUCUGAAAGUUUUUUUUUAUUUAGUCUGCUACCAGAGCAUGAUUAAAUUUUGAGUUUUUUUUUCGAGCGUCAAUGUAUUUCGUACAUAAUGGCACAGAAUAAAUAAUAGUACUAAAGUAAAGUAAUUUUUUUUUUUU